CAAAGAUGAUGGCGGUGUUGCCUGGGAGCGGCCGAUCAGCAUAAGCCAGCUGCUGGAGCCCUGCCUGCAGCUUCGCCUCUUGUGCCCCAACAUCCUCUGGCCUGGCCUGAAGGCUCUGCUGUCCCCCACAUGCUUUUCAUCACCUGAAGAUUUUGAGGUGCUCCUCUUGGACUUCCGGCUGGCCCACUUUACAGGUUUUAUGUAGAUGUGAUUUCCAGAAGGUGAUAUUAGAUGCCAGUCAUCUGUUACAUCUGAAAUGCCAAUUGAUUCCAACAUAGCUCUCUAGACCUCCCUGGGACUCUAGCACCAAAUUCAGACGGCUGACACAGCUGGUCUUGUGGACAACUACUGGAUCCUCGGAGAUCAGGAGAAAGCCACCGUUGGACUCCUGGGACCACAGCCUCCUUAAUAGCCUCAAAAGGCAAGAGAUGCCUAAGGAGCACCAAGAGGCGGCUGUGCCGGAGGGACCCCACAUCCCAACUUCUGCAACAACCACCAUAAUCAACAUGCCUGGUGAGGUCUCCCUGCCUGAUCAUGUGGUCUGGUCCAUGUUCAAUACACUCUUCAUGAACUUCUGCUGCCUGGGUUUCAUAGCAUACGCCUACUCUGUGAAGUCUAGGGACAGGAAGAUGGUGGGUGAUGUGACUGGGGCAAAGGCCUACGCCUCCACUGCCAAGUGCCUCAACAUCAGCGCUGUGGUCCUCAGUAUCCUCAUGGCCAUUGUCAUCAUCAUUGUCUAUGCCAUCGUCUUGUCGCGGAUGAUAGCAAAUUCCAGAGCCUUCUAGUGCCGCCCGUGUUCCACUAUCCACAGCUGCACCACACCCUAGGCUUUGUCCUGACCCUUUACCCACACAUAUGUGAUUGUUAACUCACACAUCUGUUCACAGUGGAUUCAAUAAAGUGCGUGUGCUGA